CAAAUCCUAUAUUGAUGAUCUUGGAUGAUGUCUGGCCUGAAUCAGAAUCCAUAAUUGACGAGUUCAAGUUUAAUAUUCCAAAUUACAAGAUUGUGGUGACUUCAAGAACUGCAUUUCCAAAAUUUAAGUCUAAAUAUAACUUAAAUCCAUUAGGUCCUGAAGAUGCAAUGAGUCUUUUUUGCCGCUCAGCAUCAUUCAAAGACAUGAGCUCUUACUUUUCUAAAGAACAAAUCGAAAAGAUAGUAAGAGGUUGUGGGGGGCUGCCAAUAGCCCUUAAAGUGAUUGGUGGUUCACUCCGUGGGAGGCCUGUAGAAGUUUGGCAAAGUACAUUAAUGAGAUGGUCUGAUGAUGGUCAUUCUAUUUUUAAGUCUGAUAAGGAAGUGCUUGCUCGUCUAGAAAAAAGCCUAGAAUUUUCUGAUGAAAAGAGCAUCCUCAAAGAGUAUUUCAUGGACCUUGGUUCAUUUCCUGAAGACCGAAGAAUUCCUGCUACUGCCCCCAUUGAUCUGUGGACAGAAUUACAUGAACCAAACCAAAAUGAUGUCCAUGUUACUGCCGAUUUGCAUGAACUCACCACAAGAAAUUUGGCUAGUCUUGUAAUGACAAGGUUUGUUCAGACUUUUGAUUUCUGAAGUGUGAUUUACUUUUAGGAUAAGUUUUUCAUGUAAUCUUUGCUAGUUGCUAGUUUUGAUAUGAUAUAACUCUAUACAUGGCCAAAGGCCCAAAAUAUUGUAUUAUGUCUUCCUGCUAGAU